GCUCUUAAAAGUCUUGAAACGGGAUCUAAGUUGACAUUGACUAUAUUUUGUCCCAUGAUCUCAGAGAUGUGUCAACUAUAACAUUUACUGUUUAUCGUUUUAAAAAGCUUAAUUUGAUGAUGAUGUUUUGAACAUUAAUUAAUGAAAUGAUUGAAAAUUAAGAAAAACUCAAGAUGAAGAGUGAAACCUCUCAAUUUACAACACACCAUGUGGUUGUUUUUUUGUUGACAUUUUUUAGUUAUGCCUUUUUCCAUGCAACAAGAAAGACCUUCAGCAAUGUCAAAACUACAAUUUCAGAAGAGUGGACACCGUCAUUCCAUAAUUCUACUGUUAACAAGACUCAACCAGACAAGAUAUGGAAUUCUCACGCAAUGUUUGACAAUCCAAAAGAUGCUGAACCAUUUCUUGGAAUGUUAGAUGGGGCUUUUCUUAUAUCUUAUGCUGUGGGACUCUAUAUCAGUGGGAUUAUUGGUGACAGAUUGAAUAUGAGAUUAGUUCUGUCUUUUGGGAUGGUGUCAUCAGGAUUGAGUGUAUUUAUAUUUGGGACUCUGUUUGAGUGGAUUGGUUACUACAAUAAAUAUGUAUAUGUAGUAGUGUGGAUAUUAAAUGGACUCCUCCAGUCAACAGGGUGGCCUACUGUUGUAGCUGUAAUGGGCAACUGGUUUGGUAGAUCAAGUCGAGGUUUUGUGCUAGGGUUAUGGAGUGCCUGUGCAUCUGUUGGUAAUAUCAUAGGAGCACUUCUAGCGUCAGCAGUACUAGAUUAUGGAUAUGAUUAUGCUUUCUUAUUAUCAUCAACAGUACUAAUGGCAGGAGGAGUAGCCAUAUUCUUUGGUUUGGUCAGUACCCCUAAAGAACUAGGUUUACCUGUUCCUGAUGAGAUGAUUACAAACCAAGAAGUGACCAUUGAUGCUAACUCUGUCAAUACUUCAGAAAAUAUAGAAUCUAUAGAAAGUGACAGUGAUGAUACUGAAAGUGGUCGUCUGCUCAGCAGAUCCUCAAGUCGAGAGACAGAAGUUGUUACAAGACCUAAAGCUCUGGGUUUUAUUCAAGCUUUAUUAUUACCUGGAGUUAUAUUGUAUGCCUUAUCAUAUGCCUGUCUGAAAUUUGUGAAUUAUUCCUUCUUCUUUUGGCUGCCAUUUUAUUUACAUGGAGCCUUUGGUUGGAAGGAGACAGUAGCAGAUGACAUAUCUAUAUGGUAUGAUGUUGGUGGAAUUAUAGGUGGCACAAUAGCAGGUUUUAUAUCUGAUAGAUUUAGAAAAAGAUCCCUAAUAGUAAUACCAAUGUUAGUUCUAGCAAUACCAGCAUUAUUUAUCUAUAGUCAUUCACCAAAUAACAAAACAAUAAAUGGUGUAUUAAUGGCAGUAGCAGGGUUCUUUGUUGGAGGAGUAGCUAAUCUCAUUAGUGCAGCUAUUUCUGCAGAUUUAGGUCGCCAAGGCCCUGUACAAGGUAAUACUGAAGCCUUAGCAACAGUUACUGGUAUUGUUGAUGGAACAGGCAGUGCUGGUGCAGCCAUUGGCCAGGUACUGGUACCUAUUAUUCAGCAGAAGUUUGGUUGGAAGUCAGUUUUUGUUGUAUUUAUGAUAAUGAUUGCGUUGACAAUAGUUUGUAUAUUGCCUAUGUUCAUCAACGAAUGUAAAGGUGCCAUAGCUAAUUAUUCCUUCUCAUGGUACAGUGGUUUAACCAAGAAAAGAACAGUCCUUGUGGAAGAUGAGUUUGAUGAAACUUAACAUAGCUUGAAAAUUAAGGGGGUUGACCAUUGGUUAAAACAACUCUUAUAAAUCACAGGAAAAUGUGUGUCAACUGUUUCAUAAAUACAUUCCAAGCUUCUAAAUAAAACAGAAUUUUAUAUUCUAUUUUACUUGGAUGAUGUAAUUGAUUUUUCCACAUUCAAAAAGAGAUUCUCCCGUAACCUUGUUAUGUCCCAUUAAGUAAUCUGUCGUUUCAAAUAAUACUGGGUGCUAGUCAUUUUAUUCUUACUGUUGAUAUUAUAUACAUAAAUGUUCCUUUGAAUGUCAAUGUGUAUUGUUGUUUGACACUGCAUAAUAUUUGUAUUUUGUGACAACAUGUCAGUAUGUACUGUGAUAUUGAUAAGAUUUGAUGUAGAGUAGAUAUUCAUUUCUGAUUCUUUAUAUUGUAAGGUUGCUAUAUUAUUUAUAUUUCUCUUCAUCUUACAAUUUUAGCACUUUUCAUAUUCCUGUUGCUCAUCAGCUAUCAUCACCACAAGAGUGUUUAAAAAAUGAUAUUUAUGAUGUGUGCAUGAAAUGCAUCUGAAAGUAGUGAAAAGUUUUUGUUUAAGUGAAUGGAUCACCAAACAGUAUUUUUAUAUAAAAAUAAUUUGUAAAGGCUGAUAGAAUUAGGAUUCAAAGUGAUUAAAAUAACAGUCCUAUAAUUUAUUUGUUGUUGUAAAACAUUGUUUAUAAAUGAUGAUUGUUAACAUCUAAAGCUAGAAACUGAAUGGUUAUGGUCUUGCCUGCAAUGAAGGUUCGUCUGGUCUAUCAUUUUAAUGGAUCACAAGUCAAUGUUAAGUUUUCAUUGUUAUGCUAUGUCAACUAUAUUUACUGAAUAAAGAUUUCAUGGUGAUCAUGUCUGUCUGGCAUGGUUCAUUUAAGAUUUACCUCAUUAAAAUAACUCAUUGGUCAACAUUAAAUUUCAGUAGUUAGGUAUUACAUGUAUAAGCAAUAGGUUAACAAUAUUUGGUUUAUAGUGUGAUUGUAAGGUGUGCAUGUCUGUCUGGCUGUGUUCCCUUGGCUUUGAUUUCACAUACAUUGUAUAUGGAUCAAUAAUGUUAAAUGUAUGUGAUACUUCUAGUAAUCCUUUUAUUUUGUUAUUGGAUUUCAACAUAAGUUAAUUUUGUUGAUAAGUAUCACAGGUGCUAUAAUUCAGUACUCUUGUUCUUUUAAUUCAGUGUUUCCUUUUUGAAAAAAAACUAUUUUGUCAUAAUUAUUAACAAUAAGAGCUCCCAUCUUCAAAAGGGUGGCAACAGAUGUGAAAAUACGUCAUUUUGAAGUUGUAUUUGUACUUUGACCUGGUCUUCCAAGUGUAGGAUAGUAUAAUAGUAUUUUUACACAAGUAAGAUAAAGUUAGCUUAGAUGAUGAAAACAUUUUUCUUUGUUGUAUUACUAUGAUACUGCCAAUUAUACAUUGUACAUAUAUGAACAGGGAUCACUACAGAGGAAAUUUUCAAGGGGUGGUGCUAAUAUCUUAAUUGUUGUACAUAUUUUAUACUUGUAAUUUUGUAUAAAUAAAAUUAUAGUGACUCAAAAUUAAAUUGAUUAAGAAUAAACACAAUUUUUAAUUUUUCUUGCAUAUACAUGUACCAGUAAUCAAAUAAUUUAUAAUGGUGCUGAGAAAAUCAAGAUUUAUGCUGAAAAUUCAUAGGUGUAGCCAAAAAAUAAGGGGAUGAGAUUCAUAAUGAGACACACCAUCCUCAGUUAGCCUGUGGUGAUCCCGGAUUAAUGAUGAUAUAUAUAUUUGGUUGUAUAUGUUUACCAAUUUGUAUUUUAUAUCAAUCAAUUUGUCAUGGAAGUGAUAGUAUUUUUCUGGUUUUGUAACUGAAGUUACUUUAUAUAAAUGUGCAUACAUUUUUUUUGAAAAGAUACUUUGUUAUGAUUGUUUAUAUUAUAUUUUUAUUACUUUAAGGGAAAUAAACAUGUAACUUUAA